UUUUUCAUGCGACGCAGAGGGUUAGCCUAGCAACGCAUGGUUGUUUGUGUGUUUUAGCGAAACUGCGCGUCAGACCACAUUUGGGGUUGUAUUUUGUGUUGUUUGUCAUUCUUGCACCAUGAAUGAGUCAUCUAUUCGUUCUCUGGGGCUGAAAGUUGUUGUGGCUGCUUCCAACGACGAGAACCACCCGCCGGAAAAUAUGAUUGACGGAAACGCCAACACAUUUUGGAUGUCCACGGGAAUGUUUCCUCAGGAAUUCAUCAUUCGCUUUGCAGAAAUGACAAACGUUUCUUCAGUAACCUUGGACAGCUAUAACGUCAAGCAUCUAAAAGUAGAAAAGAACACAUCGGAAAACGCCUCUCACUUUGAGUUUGUUGAAGAGAAAGAACUGAAACUCACAGAGGGACAGCUUCAGACAAAUUCUAUUUCACUCGGCGGAAGCAAUGCAACUCACCUUCGUUUUAUCAUCACCUCAGGAUACGAUCACUUCGUUGCGGUGCACAAAAUAGAUACUGUCAAUGGAAAUAAAUUCAAUUGUUGACAAAAACCCUUCAGGGCUGGUGUAGGUGUCCAAAUGGUGAGCGCAUCUAAAAUCCAGAUAUUCCACGAAAUAUAUUGUGAUCAUGUGUUCUAAUCAGGAAGACGCCUCACCCUCUGCUCUGUUUAAACAGACUUUGGAUGUGUCCUUAUCAAGUUAUGAGUAAUCCUCCAUGCAUGCCAUGAACAAAAGAGCCACACACUGGCAACGGGCUUUAAUUUGAUUUCAUGUCUGAUUUUGGUGCAAUCAGCUCACAAAGAGAAGGAGAUGAUUAGGCAAGAGGGAAAACAAUCUCAUUCUUUAAGUCCAAAUAAGGGCGUGGGCAUCAUGAGCGAAUGAUAAAAGAUUCGGAGCUGAUGCUUGGAAUCCAUUAGUAGUGAUCAAUCAGAAUCCAGCGUUUGCCCGGUAAAAUAUCUUUGAGACUGUGCUUCUAUUUUCAUGUUGUAAUCAAAAGUCAGAACAUUGAAAAAAAUGAUUAGACCACCCUUAUGUCAUCAGUUUCUUGUUCAUUUUCAAUUCCUGGGCUAAUUCCUGUUUUUUUUUUCUUCAAUAAAUGGAUAGAUUAGGGUCUGAUUUGGCGCAAGCUUAACGUUGCUCAUGUCCAAAAGAACGCCAUCCAUACAGUGAAGCAUACUAGUAGUAUCAUCAUGCUUUGCUUUUUUUGGGACGUUUUUUCUUGAGCUGGAAUUGGGGCCUCAGUCAAGGUGGAGCGAAUUACGAACAGUUCCAAAUAGCAGUCAUAUCACAGCACCUUAAGGCUUGUGCUAGAAAGAAACAAAACACCAGGAGGCUGACAGAAAAGGCCUCAUCAGAGGCACUUAAAAGUGUGCGCUGACUGCAAUUUAGCAUGAGUUUGAACGACGGACUAGAAAGAUAAGUUA